CUCCAGCCACCAUUAAAUGCAAUCCCACCCUCUCAAUACGCUCUGCAAUUACUCUUCUCCCCCACUUUUUUCCCUCUCCACACCCACCUUCUUCUUCUUCUUCUUCUUCUUCUCUUUUCAUCUCUUCACUGUCCACUUCAAGCAUUCCAUAUCUUUAAACCCAAAAAAAACCCUUUUUUCUUCUUCAUUUUGAGGCUUUUUUCUUGAAAAAAUUGGGAUUUGGGCAAUUUGGGGUAUGAUUUGAUCUGGGUUUUUUGUUUUUUGAUUUGGGUUUUUUUUUAAUUUUUGUAAAGCAAGAAAGGAGAGAGAGAAAGAGGGAAUUGUCUGAAAAAAAAACCCCUUUUUUUCAAUUUUCAAAGAAAUGCUGUUUUUUGUGUAAUUUUAAGUAAUUUUGUACUGUUCUUCAACUAAAAAGUUGGAAAAUGCCAGCCGGAAUGAUGAUUCCAGCCAGAAAUGCGCCGUCGAUGAUCGGAAGAAAUGGGAAUGUCGGUGUUUUUGGCUCUCCGGCGAGCCUUGUUCUUGGUCAGGCAAAUAUGAUGGAAGGGGCGCAGCUACAUGCAUUAGACAUGCCACAAAGCGGUUUGCCAGACAGCGAUUAUGGGAUGAUGAAAGAAGCAGAGGACUUCGACAGUGCCACUAAAUCAAGCAGCGAGAACCACGAGGUUGGUUCUGGUGACGACCAAGACCACCGUCAACGCUCCAAGAAGAAGCGUUACCACCGCCACACUCAGCACCAGAUCCAACAAAUGGAAGCAUUCUUUAAGGAGUGUCCUCACCCAGAUGACAAGCAAAGGAAGGAGCUGAGUAGGGAUUUGGGUUUAGAGCCAUUGCAAGUCAAAUUUUGGUUCCAAAACAAGCGAACUCAGAUGAAGACUCAUCACGAGCGACAUGAGAACACUCACCUCCGAACACAAAAUGAAAAGCUUAGAGCCGAUAAUAUGAGGUAUCGAGAAGCGCUCAGUAACGCGACGUGCCCCAAUUGUGGAGGCCCGACCGCCAUUGGAGAAAUGUCGUUUGAUGAACAUCAUCUCAGGCUCGAAAAUGCCCGCUUAAGAGAAGAGAUCGAUCGCAUUUCAGCCAUAGCAGCAAAGUACGUAGGAAAGCCAGUUUCAAGCUUCCCUCUUCUUUCCCCAUCAAUUCCCACACAUCCUCUAGAGCUCGGAAUGGGCAGCUAUGGAGCCGACAUGUACGGGGCGGCGGACCUUUUGAGGACGAUAACCACGCCAUCGGAGGCCGACAAGCCGAUGAUCAUCGAGCUGGCGGUUGCAGCCAUGGAGGAACUAAUUCGAAUGGCUCAAAUGGGCGAGCCCUUGUGGAUGACAGCCCUUGAUGGCUCAACCACACUGCUUAACCCAGAUGAAUAUGUCCGAACCUUCCCUAGAGGAAUCGGACCCAAACCCGCUGGGUUUAGCACCGAAGCGUCUCGAGCCACCGCCGUCGUCGUCAUGAACCAUAUCAGCCUCGUGGAGAUGCUCAUGGACGUGAAUCAGUGGUCGGCCGUUUUCACUGGGAUUGUCUCGAGGGCUACGACAUUGGAGAUUCUGUCCACCGGCGUUGCCGGUAACUACGACGGUGCAUUACAAGUGAUGGCGUCGGAAUUGCAAGUGCCAUCGCCGCUCGUUCCGACUCGGGAGAGCUAUUUUGUGAGGUACUGUAAGCAACAUGGCGAGGGAACAUGGGCUGUCGUGGACGUGUCGUUGGAUAAUUUACGCCCUGCUCCGGCUCUUCGAUGUAGAAGAAGGCCUUCCGGCUGUUUGAUCCUAGAAAUGCCUCAGGGCUAUUCUAAGGUUACGUGGGUCGAGCAUGUUGAGGUGGAUGAUCGAGGGAUCCAUAGUUUGUACAAUCAGUUUGUUAGAUCUGGUCACGCCUUCGGUGCAAAGCGUUGGAUCGCCACGUUGGAUCGUCAGUGUGAACGUCUUGCUAGUGCCAUGUUGACGAGUAUUCCGAACGGUGAUGCGGGUGUGAUAAUGAAUCAAGAAGGAAGAAAGAGCAUGCUGAAGCUAGCAGAGAGAAUGGUGAUGAGCUUUUGCGGCGGAGUGAGCGCGUCGACCGCGCACACGUGGACAACACUGUCAGGAACGGGAGCCGAUGAUGUCAGAGUCAUGACUCGUAAGAGCAUAGACGAUCCCGGCAGGCCACCUGGCAUUGUCCUCAGCGCCGCCACAUCCUUUUGGCUGCCUGUUCCUCCUAAGAGAGUCUUCGACUUUCUCAGAGAUGAAAAUUCUCGUAACGAGUGGGAUAUUCUAUCAAACGGUGGAGUUGUGCAAGAAAUGGCCCACAUUGCCAAUGGCCGUGACACGGGCAACUCGGUCUCAUUGUUACGAGUAAAUAGUCCAAAUUCAAGUCAAAGCAACAUGUUGAUAUUACAAGAGAACAUCACGGAUCAAACCGCCGCGUUUGUGAUCUACGCUCCGGUAGACAUUGUGGCCAUCAACGUGGUACUAAACGGUGGCGAUCCCGAUUACGUCGCCCUUCUCCCCUCUGGAUUUGCCAUUCUUCCCGACGGAACCGCCGCGUCGAACGACGGGGCUAACAGCAUCAUGGAACAUGGCUCAGGCGGGUCGCUGUUAACCGUUGCAUUUCAGAUCUUGGUCGACUCGAUUCCGACGGCUAAACUAUCACUUGGGUCGGUAGCGACGGUUAACAACCUGAUUGCUUGUACUGUGGAGAGGAUUAGAGCCUCUCUUUCGUGUGAGAAUCCAUGAAUUUGCAGAGAAGAAAGAUGAAUGGAAGAAGUCAAGAACGCACCUCUUAAUGAAGAAAUAAGGGUCCUUUCAUGGUGGGGUUCGGGUAUUGACUUUGUCCAUUACAGUGUUUCUUCAUUACCCAAGUUUGCUUCUUUUCAUAAGAAUUUACCUUUCUUAAAUGAAGUAAUUAUGUAUUCUCUUGCAUA